GACACUGGGUUCCCUAGGAGCCGCCCCAGGCUUAAUGAUUGUCCAGAAAGUGGCUAUAAAGGGAGCCUGGGAGCCUGAGUGGAGGAGGGAGUAGAGAAGACCUUACUCAGCAGAUCCGGUACUGAGAUUGCCAGCAGGCUCCAGCUGCGGUCAGAGGCUCCACGUCCUGGCCAGUAGGGCCUGCUCUCCUCCACCAUGGCGGCCCAGGGGUAUGGCUACUAUCGGACUGUAAUCUUCUCAGCCAUGUUUGGGGGCUAUAGCUUGUACUACUUCAAUCGCAAGACCUUCUCCUUUGUCAUGCCUUCGUUGGUAGAGGAGAUCUCUCUGGACAAGGAUGACUUGGGCCUCAUCACCAGCAGCCAGUCUGCAGCAUAUGCUAUCAGCAAGUUUGUGAGCGGGGUGCUGUCUGACCAGAUGAGUGCUCGCUGGCUCUUCUCUUCGGGGCUGCUCCUGGUUGGAUUGGUCAACGUCAUCUUUUCUUGGAGCUCCACAGUGCCUGUCUUUGCUGCUCUCUGGUUCCUCAAUGGUCUGGCACAGGGGCUAGGCUGGCCCCCGUGUGGGAAGAUCCUACGAAAGUGGUUUGAACCAUCUCAGUUUGGCACUUGGUGGGCCAUCCUGUCAACCAGCAUGAACCUAGCUGGAGGACUGGGCCCAAUCCUGGCAACCAUCCUCGCCCAGAGCUAUAGCUGGCGCAGCACACUGGCCAUGUCUGGGGCACUGUGUGUGGUCGUCUCUUUUCUCUGUCUUCUGCUCAUCCACAACGAACCUGCUGAUGUUGGACUUCGCAAUCUUGACCCUACCCCCGCCAAGGGCAAGAAGGGUUCCCCAAAAGAGGACAGUACCCUACAGGAGCUGCUGCUGUCCCCCUAUUUGUGGGUGCUCUCAACUGGCUACCUUGUAGUAUUCGGGGUAAAGACCUGCUGUACUGAUUGGGGCCAGUUCUUCCUCAUCCAAGAGAAAGGACAGUCAGCCCUUGUGGGUAGUUCCUACAUGAGUGCCCUGGAAGUUGGGGGACUUGUAGGCAGUAUUGCAGCUGGCUACCUGUCAGACCGGGCCAUGGCUAAGGCAGGGCCGUCCAUCUACGGGAACCCUCGUCAUGGGCUACUGCUCUUUAUGAUGGCUGGCAUGACUGUGUCCAUGUACCUCUUCCGGGUAACCGUGACCAGUGACUCCCCCAAGGAUGCUUUCUGGAUUCCAGCUCUGCACCCUCUCGCUGAACUCACAGGGUUUACGGAGCACGAGCUCUGGAUCCUGGUGUUGGGAGCUGUGUUUGGUUUCUCCUCAUAUGGUCCCAUUGCCUUGUUUGGAGUAAUAGCCAAUGAGAGUGCCCCUCCCAACCUGUGUGGCACCUCCCAUGCCAUUGUGGGGCUCAUGGCCAAUGUUGGCGGCUUUCUGGCUGGGUUGCCCUUCAGCACCAUUGCCAAGCACUACAGCUGGAGCACAGCCUUCUGGGUGGCUGAAGUGAUCUGUGCAGCCAGCACAAUUGUCUUCUUCCUACUUCGAAACAUCCGCACCAAGAUGGGCCGCGUGCCCAAGAAGGCUGAGUGA